GCUUGUCCAGUGUUCAGCGCAAGGCAGUACUGCCCAAACCACCUCUUUGGCCGUAUCGCGAAAAGCUCCCGCACGCACGCGUCUAUCUGCUCUACGGCCGCUACUGCUUCAUCGGCAGCAGUGGUAGCGAUCGGCAGGUGGUGCAGAGCACCGAGCAAUCGAACACAUGGCUCAGAUGAUCUCCGCCAUGGCCAUGGUGGACGCCGCCCCGGCCGCGUCCGCCAUUAUGCCCAAGCUGCAGGCAGCCUGCUUGGACGAGCCGGCCUCGGGCAUAACCGUCGUGUCGAGGCAGCACGUGCGCCCGGACGGCGCGUCGGCGAUCGGCGAUCUCACGCUGUCCGUCUCCGAUCUGCCCAUGCUAUCGUGCCACUACAUCCAGAAGGGCCUCUUCUUCCCUGCCCCCGACCUGCCCAUGUCCUCGCUCAUCUCGCUGCUCGUGUCGUCGCUGUCUCGGGCGCUCGCCGUUGUACCGGCCCUCGCUGGUCGCCUUGUCACACUGCCCGACGAUCGCAUCGUCAUCCGCUGCAACGACGCGGGCGUCAAGUUCCACCACGCCGUGGCACCCGGCCUGUCACUCGACGACUUCCUCGUGCCUGACGCCGAUGUGCCGACCAAGCUGACAAAGGACUUGUUCCCCAUGGAGCGCACCGUGAGCUACGAUGGACACCGUCGCCCGCUCACGUCGUUCCAGGUCACCGUGCUCGGUGACGGCGCCGUCUUCAUCGGCAUCGUCGCCAACCACGCCGUCGUGGACGGUACCUCCUUCUGGCAUUUCUUUAACACCUGGGCCACCAUCUGUCGUGGUGCGUCACCCAAGCUGCCGGACUUCCGCCGAAACUUCUUUGGCGAGUCCACCGCCGUCCUCCGAUUCCCCGGAGGAGUGGGCCCGGCGGUGACCUUCGACGUGGACGCGCCUCUCCGGGAGCGUGUCUUUCACUUCAGCGCAGACGCAAUUCGCGAGCUGAAAGCAAUGGCUAACCGUCGUCCGAGCGGUGGUCACGACCCUGAGGUUUACGGCAAGAUGGCGCAUGACCCGAAGAAUCCCGAAGCGCGCAGCGAGAUCUCAUCUUUCCAGUCGCUGUGCGCGCAGAUAUGGCUCGCGGUGACGCGCGCUCGGAAACGUCUGGCGGCCGACGCGACGACGACGUUCCGGAUGGCGGUGAACUGCCGGCACCGGCUGCGCCCGGCCAUCUCCUCGGUCUACUUCGGCAACGCUAUCCAGAGCGCGCCGACGACGGCGACGGUUUCCGAACUGGUACGGAACGACCUGCGGUGGGCGGCCUCCAAGCUGAACGCGACCCUCGCGGCGUACGGCGACGGGACGAUUCGCCGCGCCGCGGCGGCGUGGCAGGCCGCGCCCCGGUGCUUCCCGCUGGGCAAUCCCGACGGUGCGGUGAUCACGAUGGGGAGCUCGAACCGGUUCCCGAUGUAUGAGGGCAACGACUUCGGCUGGGGCCGGCCCCUCGCGGUGCGGAGUGGGCGGGCCAACAAGUUCGACGGCAAGAUGUCGGCGUUCCCGGGGCGCGCCGGGGACGGCAGCGUGGAGAUCGAGGUGUGCCUGCCCCCGGACACUAUGGCGGCGCUGCUCCGCGACGGCGAGUUUAUGCAGUACGCGUCGUGCCCGUCGCAUCUGUUGUGAAUGUACCAGUGCACGCGCGGCUGGGGCCACCUUGACAUGUCGUUGCGCCGCCGUUUGCUCGGGUCCUUGCCUUCUGGAACGAGCUAGUUGGUACUAAGAUACUGUAUCAGUUUAGCCUUUUCCGGGUGCUCCGUGUUGUUAGCAACUAGUGCUUGGGAUUGAUUAGCUGCUAGGCUGCAAGUGAUGAUGCUAAGGGAAUGAGGAGAUGAAGAACUGUGGAGCAUGGAACCAGAUAUAAGUUUCCGAAAAUGUUCAAUUUCUGAGCUUUCCAGAAGUUCAAAUAUGGCCCCUGGUCCGUGUUGUUCUGCUGGUGUGCAGGUUCAACAUGCUACUUGGGAUGGGAGUAUGAUUUUUUUUUUCGUGCGAUUUCUUUUCUUUUUUGCAUUGUCUAGUGUGUACACAUCAUCAAUUCCCUCUUUUUUU